GCUGAGCUGCAGGGAGCCAAGAGAAUAAGGGGUCGGGGAGCCAGUGCGACACAGAACGUGGUUGGGGAAGGGUGAAAGGUGUAGUGCUCUUUUUUACUGGCAUCAUGAAGAUUUUGAGUGUGUUUAUCUUUUCCUGCAUCGUUGGGAUAUGUUUGGGUGCUGGAGCCAGUAUAUCAACAGGUGGAAGUAGUUCUGGAGGAUCGGUCACUGAGACAGAGAAAACUCGUCUGUUGAAAAGGGGCCAUCCUUUAUCCUUGACCUGCUCACCGAACAUCACCCAUGCUACUACGUUAUGGGAAAAAGAUGGUAAAGAAAUAAUCGAAAGUGAACGAAUCAAGUUGUUUUCCAACACCACAUUGUACAUUGUAAGUGCAGAGGAGGGCGACAUUGGAGAGUACACUUGUCGUCAUACCAAUCUGCUAGAAACCAAGACAUUCGUUGUGGUUGAAUUCUCCCUCCAGAAGCAUUUGCCAAAGUCAACAACAGUACUAGAAAAUGACAAACUAUCACUCACUUGCCAAGUGGAUGGCAACCCUCAUCCUAUCGUUCAGUGGCUUAAAGAUGGUGAGCCAGUACAAGAGUCUGUAAAUUCCUCAAGACUGACUCUUUCUGAAAAUGAGGCAGGCAUUUCCAAUGGCAGCCUUCUUAUUAACCCUGUGAUGAAGAGUGAUAGUGGAAACUACCUGUGCCUGAUCACCCAAUCCACCAUCCAGUUCAACACCACAACUGAUGUACGAGUCAAAGAUAUAUAUGCUGCCUUGUGGCCCUUCCUGGGCAUAGUAGCAGAAGUGAUUGUGCUUUGUAUCAUCAUUUACAUUCAUGAAAGACGUCGCAUCAAGAAAAACUUUGACGCUUCAGAUAUUGACAAAAUAUCUGAACAGAAAGUCAAGGAAGAGAACAAGGAGAACGAAGUGAGACAAAGAAAAUAAUGAGAUGCUGUAAUAGUCUAAAAUACCCAGAUACAAUGUUAAAGAAGGGUAAUUAUAUAUAUAUAUAUAUAUAUAUAUAUAUAUAUAUAUAUAUAUAUAUAUAUAUAUAUAUAUAUAUAUAUAUAUAUAUAUAUAUAUAUAUAUAUAUAUAUAUAUAUAUAUAUAUAUAACUAGUGAAAAAAAUGUUUGGAACGAUUUUGAAUGAAUUUCUAUAAAUAUUUGUAGUUAUUUGUAUUCAUGGGAUUUCUAACAAAAUGCUGGUUUGAUAUUUAGUCAUCAAGUAUGUAAAAACUUUUGAUCAACAAAUAUAGUGACUAUGAACUAUUGUUUAUGUAGUAAAUAUAUACAUGUCUUUGUUGUUAGACGAUGUUUAUUUAAAGUAGCAGUAGAUAGCAAAUUACAUAUAUAUAAUGAAAUCUGUAAACUGCGUUUUCUUUCUCUACAAAGGUUGUUACUUUUCUUUUGUUUUGUAGGAGGUGGAUCUCCAUUAAAGUAUUUCUGUGAACCAUUUUAGGCAAUGUAGUGUUGAUGUAUUUUUCAUUCAAUCUAUUCAAGUCAUUAUAUAUAUAUAUAUAUAUAUAUAUAUAUAUAUAUAUAUAUAUAUAUAUAUAUAUAUAUAUAUAUAUAUAUAUAUAUAUAUAUAUAAUGACAGGAUAGAUUUAAAGAAUUUUCUUUUAUACCAUGGUUUACAGUGACAAGCUUUUACAGCUAGCCUAAUAAAAGCAUAACACUGUCUUUUUCUCUUUUGCAGUAGUCAAUUAGAAUAAAUUAUAGUUUUGUGGUUUGCCAAAUACACUGCAUGAGGCACUAAUGAACAUCCCACAAUAUAUUUUUUUUUUUCCAUAAUUUUCUGGUCACAUAUUUUCCACUCGUUUCCAAAUUAUAUCUUUAUAUAUAGAUAUAUAAAAACUAUUAUUUCAGCAUCAGCAAGAGAAUUUGUAACAUGACAACACAAAUAUGUAUUAAAUAUAUAACAUUGU